AUGCUCUACACCUCCCACCACGCUGCCUCCGGCAUGCCCAAACAACACCUGCGCGCCUACCGCUUCUGGCACGUCGAGAGGAAGCCGAUGGACGAGAUGUGCCGCGCGCUGAGCACGAGGGGGCGGGACGACCCGCUGAAGGUGGGCACGGUGGUCUCCUACAUCCUCGGCGCGCUCGCGAAGGACCCCUCGCUGCCGUUCGAUAAGGGGAGACUGGUCGAGCUGGCAGGCAGCGAUGCGGGGUCGUGGGCGAGGUGGAGGGGGUUUGUGGAGGGGAGGUCGGGAGGGGUGUGA